UAUUGCCUCCUCCCCCCUUGUUCUCACACACACAUACUUUACUUUGCAGAAUUCUUGCCUUUUCUGGUUUUUCGAGCCGUUUAUUUCUGGGAUUUUUUUAAAAAAAAAUUAUAUACUUAGGUUGGCGGCCAUUUCUCACCACUCCAAAGUCUUCAACUGUUAUGAACACACACAUUCUUGUACACCCAAUUACUGCCAAUUAUAAAUUGGAUACUAUUCUAUUGUAGUUGCAGCUUCCAAAAAGAUGAGAGAGAAAGGCAAACACAUUGCAUUGCUAAGCUGCCCUAAUAAGAUAGUUUAAGAGCACAGAGUUAGAUUCCUUGUGUUUUUAUUUCUUUUCAUAUAUAAGAAAAAUCAAGAAAAUACAUCGAUUACAAGUAUUUACUAGUCAGAUGUAUUAAUUUUCCAGGUGGGAUUUAGCUAUUGCAGGUCUGUUUUCCGCCACCUGUUGGAUUCUAGGGCUUUAAUGAGGGUUUGUUACAAGACUUGUUUUUUCCAUUCAUAAAGAUCCAAAUUUUAUUUCUAUCUUUGCCUCAACUCUCAAAAUUCAAACACAGUUGCUCCAUUUUGUCUCAAUUCAUCAACUAAAUUCAAAAACAAAACCACCAAAAAAACCAUGUUCCCAAUGGUGAUUCCAAAUUCAAGCGAAGAAGGCACCGAUUCUUCAAGAGCUCAUCAAGCUGAUUUGGGCACCCUAAAUUCAAUGAUCCAGAAUUCCAACGCCAGCACCACUCCUCAGUUGAAAAUCAAGAAGAAGAGAAACCUCCCUGGCAAUCCAGACCCUGAUGCUGAGGUGAUUGCGUUGUCUCCGAAAACCCUGAUGACGGCGAACAGAUUCGUGUGCGAGAUCUGCAACAAGGGCUUUCAGAGGGAUCAGAACCUCCAGCUCCACCGGAGAGGGCACAAUCUGCCGUGGAAGCUGAAGCAGAGGAGCAGCAAGGAGAAUCGGAAGAGGGCUUACGUCUGCCCGGAGCCGUCGUGCCUCCACCACCACCCGUCCCGGGCGCUGGGAGACCUCACCGGAAUCAAGAAGCACUACUGCCGGAAACACGGCGAGAAGAAGUGGAAGUGCGAAAAAUGCUCCAAGAUCUACGCCGUUCAGUCCGAUUGGAAAGCCCACUCCAAAACUUGCGGAACUCGAGAGUAUCGAUGCGAUUGUGGAACCCUCUUCUCCAGGAAGGAUAGCUUCAUUACCCACAGGGCAUUCUGUGAUGCAUUGGCUGAAGAAAGUGCAAGGCUCUCAGCUGCCACCAACUCAAUCUUGCCUCCACAAAACCCUAAUUUCACUACCACCACCCAACCAUAUCUCUUCACCCCCCAAAACCUCCUCCCAUUCCGCAACCCGUGGGGCCCCCUCCCCCAAAACCCUAACCCCAUCAAUCUCUCAGAGAGGGCCUUUCCCUUCGGAAACUUCCAGGCCGGGGCGCCUCCUCUCUCCGCCACCGUGCUCCUCCAGAAGGCGGCCACGAUGGGGGCAACGGGCAACGUGGGGUCCACCAUGGCCCACCUCGACAUGCACAAGACUAGCGAUGGAUUGACCAGGGAUUUUCUUGGGCUGACCGGAGACCAGUGCAGCGGCGGCGUGAGGGAGCUGCAACUGCCGCUGGUGAAAGUAUCGGCGUUUCACAACUCUCUGUUGAAUCACCAUGGAUUCGGGUGGGGCAAUUGCUAGAGAGGAAGUGUCUACUUUGUUAAGUACAAAUUCACUUCAAAUCAUGCAUGUUUUUUUUUUGUGUUAAAUUUGGGUUUAUCUGUUACCGAGAAUAAUAAAUUAUCUGCGGAUCUUUUAAUUACAAGUUGUGAGACUGAUUAAUUUCUUGCUUA